UUGGUUUAACUUCCACCGGUGGCAUGAAGUUUACAGUGUCGACCAAUCAUAUUGAGUCAGGUUUAUCCUCUUUAGGUUUAGUCUCCGCAAAGCUUCCAUGAUAUAGUUAUCAACCUGGAAGAUAUUGGAUGCGAUGGCGAGUCGGAAUUUUGAAGGCUAUAGUAUAAAUGGGAGUGUUUCUGCUCGGGAAGAAUCAUAGAGACACUCAAGAUUGUCUCUCCUCGAUCUUCUUUGUCAAAUUCUCACACAUCGAAGUCCCCAUAAUGCCUUUUGGAUACAAGAAAGUCCUGAUCAUCGGCGCCACCUCCGGGAUUGGCAAAACACUCGCCGACAAAGUCGUCCAAAAUGGAUCAAACCUAAUUGUUGCCGGUCGCAGAAAGGAGAAUCUCGAUGAGAUCGUCCAGCGAUAUGGCAGCGACAAGGUCUCCGCAACGGCAUUUGACGUCAUGCAGCUCGAGCAGAUCCCGCAAUUUGCCUCAGAGAUCAUCUCCGAGAACCCCGAUCUGGACUGCAUAUUCGUCAACUCGGGUAUCCAACGACCCUUCGAUUUCUCCAAGCCGGAAACCGUCGAUCUGGACAUCUUCGACCAAGAACUGAUCACGAACUAUACAUCCGCGGUCCGCAUUGCCAAAGCAUUCCUCCCACACUUGCAGAGCCAGAAGACCGCAACAGCCAUCGCAUUCACGACGUCGCAAAUGGCACUCGUGCCCAUGAUGCGAUGUCCGAAUUACGGCGCUUCCAAGGCUGCUCUGCACCAUUUCAUCCUUGCCCUCCGCACUCAGCUGCAGGAUGGUCCUGGGGAUGUGAAAGUUUUGGAGAUUUAUCCUCCGGCUGUGCAGACUGAGCUUCAUGAUGCUAAACACCAACCUGAUUUGAAGGAUGGACAUUUGAUUGGGAUGCCGUUGCAGGAAUUUGUUGAUGAGGUUUGGGAUCGGAUUUCAGAGGGCGAGAAUCAAAUUCCUGUCGGGUCUGCGAGGGAUAUUUACAAUGCAUUCGAAGUUAAGAGGCAGGAGUUGUAUCGGGAUAUGACGGAGUUGCUUUCUGGGUUGUUGAAGCAGUUUUUGAGGUAG